CGCUCGCCGUCGCCACGACCAUGUAAGGGCCAUGAGAAGGGCUGGUCCUGGCGCAGCGCGGACAUGGAGGAGGACCUGUUCCAGCUCAGGCAGCUGCCGGUGGUGAAGUUCCGUCGCACGGGCGAGAGCGCGAGGUCAGAGGACGACGCGGCCUCAGGAGAGCAUGAGGUCCAGAUUGAAGGGGUCCGGGGGGGCCUAGAGGCGGUCGAGCUGGACGAUGGCGCGGCCGUGCCCAAGGAGUUCGCCAAUCCCACCGACGAUACUUUCAUGGUGGAAGACGCGGUGGAAGCCAUUGGGUUUGGGAAGUUUCAGUGGAAGCUGUCCGUCCUCACUGGCCUGGCGUGGAUGGCCGACGCCAUGGAGAUGAUGAUCCUGAGCAUCCUGGCGCCCCAGCUGCACUGCGAGUGGCGGCUCCCCAGCUGGCAGGUGGCCUUGCUUCCACAGGUGGUCUUUGUAGGCAUGAUGUCCAGCUCCACGCUCUGGGGAAACAUCUCAGACCAGUACGGCAGGAAAACAGGGCUGAAGAUCAGCGUGCUCUGGACCCUCUACUAUGGCAUCCUCAGUGCUUUUGCGCCUGUGUAUAGCUGGAUCCUGGUGCUCCGAGGCCUGGUGGGCUUUGGGAUCGGAGGGGUCCCCCAGUCAGGACCCCUCUCCACCCCACGACUGACCCCGAUUCUCCUGUGCCAGGUCUUCUGGGCCCUCGGGACGGUGUUCGAGGUCAUCCUGGCGGUGUUCGUGAUGCCCAGUCUGGGCUGGCGUUGGCUGCUCAUCCUGUCAGCCGUCCCGCUCCUCCUCUUUGCCGUUCUGUGCUUCUGGCUGCCAGAGAGCGCGCGGUAUGAUGUGCUAUCUGGAAACCAGGAAAAGGCCAUUGCCACCUUAAAGAGGAUAGCGACCGAGAACGGAGCCCCCAUGCCGCUGGGGAAGCUCAUCAUCUCCAGACAGGAAGACCGAGGCAGGAUGAAAGAUCUUUUCACACCCCACUUUAGAUGGACAACCUUGUUGCUGUGGUUUAUAUGGUUUUCCAACGCCUUCUCUUACUACGGCUUAGUCCUUCUCACCACAGAGCUUUUCCAGGCCGGGGACGUCUGCAGCAUCUCCAGCCGCAAGAAGGCUGUGGAAGCCAAGUGCAGUCUGGCCUGCGAGUACCUGAGUGAGGAGGACUACAUGGACCUGCUGUGGACCACCCUGUCUGAGUUCCCAGGCGUCCUGGUGACUCUCUGGAUCAUCGACCGCCUGGGCCGCAAGAAGACCAUGGCCCUGUGCUUCGCCAUCUUCUCCUUCUGUAGCCUCCUGCUGUCCAUCUGUGUUGGGAGAAACGUGCUCACCCUGUUACUCUUCAUUGCAAGAGCGUUCAUUUCCGGAGGCUUCCAAGCAGCCUAUGUUUACACACCUGAGGUCUACCCCACGGCGACGCGGGCGCUGGGCCUGGGCACCUGCAGCGGCAUGGCCAGGGUGGGCGCGCUCAUCACGCCCUUCAUCGCUCAGGUGAUGCUGGAGUCCUCCGUGUACCUGACGCUGGCCGUGUACAGUGGCUGCUGCCUCCUGGCCGCCGUGGCUUCCUGUUUUCUACCCAUCGAGACCAAAGGCCGAGGACUCCAGGAGUCUAGCCACCGGGAGUGGGGCCAGGAGAUGGUUGGCAGAGGGACACACGGUGCAGGUGUCGCCAGGUCGAACUCUGGAUCUCAGGAAUAGUGACCGCUGGGGAAGCUGAGCUGGUGUCUUGGAGGCUGCGGAGCCGGGAGAGCUGGCAGAGCCCAGCCGGGCUGCUUGUGGUCACUGCCGACAUCGGGAACUUACCCAAGAAGACGGGCUGGACUCACAGGGUUCUGCGUCUUGACUCCCUUUGCUGUGUUCCCUGAGGCCGCCCGGGAUGGGGAGGCUCUGCCCUAGGGGUUCCCUGUGUAGGGGAAGGCUUUCUAACGACCUGUGGGUCUGCAUGGGAAAACUGCCACUUGUAGGUGAGUCUGGGGGUCCUGGCAGCCAAGCAGAUGCCACCCAGAGUCACCCUGUCACACCUUCAGUGAACCACCACCAAAAGAUCUCUGUAGAUACCGUCCAGGCCCAGACCCCUGUGACACUUGCCAUCCACCAACUGGACCUGUUCAGUAGGUGUCUCCUACACCCCCCGGCCCCAGGCUUUCUUCUUUGAGAUGACAGGUGACCUAGGUGUGUGGCCUGAGCGGCUUGUUCUUAGACUGGGGAAAUGCUCUCCUGCCUAUCAGCAGGGGCCCUCCCCGACUCCCCGGGGUCUGCCCAGUGGAGACUGGCUGGUGCACCUGCAUUGGAACCUGAGCCCAGUGUCCCCGAGUGGCUACCUCUGGAAUCGUGUCUCUGGCUCCAGGGCAUCCGGACGUGUCCCUGGGAAGAGCAAGGUUUGCACCCGAUGGCAAACUCAGAAAGCUGUGAUCCCACUCCCAGCCCAGAAAUUGGGGGCUGAGGCUCAAAGGAGGAGAAAUUCAAGCUCGAAGCCCAAACAGGAGUCACCCCUGUAGCAGCAGCAAAGGCCAUGCUCAGGCAUUCUGUCCAGGUCUCCUCCUGGGCCAGCCUGAGUGGUGACUCCUGGGGAGAGGAAGUGGCUCACUCAGGUUUCAAGGUUGGAUUUUGCACUUAGGUAGAGGGCUGAGUGGGCAGAGGAACCAAAAGGACAUGCCUGGGUCGGGGUCAGGGGAGCAGGAAUCCCUGACGCACACAUGCUUCUUCCUUCCUGUUUGUGGGCACCCCCUGUUGAGGGCUGUGCUGGUCCAGACCACAUAGAGGCAGCUCCUGGGCUCCCACCCAUGGCACCCCCAGUGGGGAUCCUGGAGCGGGGAAGAGCAGGAAGGCCCGGAUGUGGGAAGAGUGAACAUUUUCAGAGGAGGAGGAAGGAGGCCGUUGGGGCUCCGUGUUGGCCUUCAGAGGAAGCCGGCUGCAUCCCUCCCAGGAUUGGUCGACACGAGCCUUUUCCCCAUGGAGAAGGCCGAGGACCCAUGGAGGGAGGAAGGAGGCCACCAGAUCCCCUCCGAGGCCAGAGAGGACCUACCCGUUGCUCGAUGUCAAGGGAGCCCAAUGUGUGCGUUCAUCUCCUAUUAAAACAUGUCGGUGACGGACGAGG